AUGGCGGGUUACAAGGUAAACUGCAAGAAUGGUUACUCCCUGGAGGUCGGGGCCGAUGGUGGCCAGGCUUGGUACGGCACGCCACACGGCAACUUUCGCUGGACCCAGGGCUACGACCGUAGUGAUAAUUUCAUUGUCUGGGACAAUUGGCGGGGUAUCAUGAACUUCAUGCUCGCCUUUGUGACGCCCAUUGCAAUGGUUCCCAAUUAUGAGAAGAGAGUCCGCAUGAUUUUUCAAUCAGGGUCCAGUGCGGAAGGCGGAAGUGGCUGCUGCAACCACAGUGUUGAUGUCUUCUCCGCCAGCAACUUGAAGGUCCGCAGUAAUUGUUGA